AUGUGGUCUUUAUCAGGGUUUCAAAUACUUCAGAAGCCUCUCCCCCCUCCAAAACCGGGGGUCAUGUGUGGUUUUGUUUGUCCUGAUGUGGGAUGCAAGCGUGAAUGCAAGUACUUUAAAAAAACUGGAUAUGAUCAACUCAUUGGCAUCAGAUGUUCGUCUGGAGCUCGAGGUGCAUAUAUUGUCAGCCCUUUCUUGGAGCACGUUGAAAACGAAAUCAAGAAGUACAACUUGAGCUGGAGAUCAGAUUCACACUGGAACCUUCCCUCAACCCUCUCCAACCUCCUCUUACCUCCACCUACUCCAACACUAUCAGACACCCAAGUCCCAAUUGUCCAAGGAACAUGUCUCGGAUUUGAUGGUCGUACAGCUGAAGGACAUCAAAAAAGUCGAAAGAUCAGCCCGAAGUGCAGGAAUGCUCUAUGUGCCGCAUGCUGUCGCAAGCUUGCUAUAACAUGCUCGUAUCAUCAACCACCAAACCAAACACUAGCUAACUCAACUCCAAUUGUAGCAUCUCAAGAUUUAACUGGCCGAGCUAUUGCAAGCCUCCCACCCCGACGAGUUCGCCCCGUGUUACAGUGCGCACAAGCAAAUAGACGCAUUGGCAAGUACCUGAGUCAAGAGGAAGGUGAUCUGAUCAAUUCUAGUCAGUUGAAGCUUCAACAGGAUCAAGAUCAAGAACGUUUGGGUCCAUCAACCGAGAUUACUCUUCGAUUUCACCUCCUUUUCGCAAAAUGGCCAAGGUUUUCGCUGAAUGAAUCCGAGGUUCUACACGAAGCUGCUGAGGAAUCACUUGGACCACGGUGGGGAUUGAAGCUAUGGGUCUGCCAAUCACCUUCAGAUUGGUGUAUGACUGAUUCGAGCAUGAGUUUCAACUACAAACCUACACCAACCGAACUCUUAAUUCGAGGAGUCAAUGUCAGCUUGGUCGAUUGCAACCUCCGGGAAACACCUCCGAUCUCAAUCCACUUAUCUCCACCUCGCUCCAGUCUCGAUACAAGCGAUCUAUUUGCCAGACAGGUCCCAUUGGAUGGAUGGGGUUCGGAUAUUGAGUUAAUCGAUCCACCAAUCGCAUCUACAUCCUCUACAUCUUCCCAUGCGACCAACAGACGAAAAAUCGAUGUUAUUGAAUCGAGCGAUCCACCAAUCACUUCUACAUCUUCCCAUGGACCUAAAAAACGAAAAAUCGAAAUGGAUCCGACUUCCGAUUCUGAAUCAUCAGUUAUAAUCGUUAAAAGAGGUAAAAAAAGCAAAACUAACAAGACUGAAUGGCCAGGUACAACACUCAAGCUGUCAGAGCUUUUGAUAUGGUGUUCAAAAGCACCCAAAUCAUCUCCACGAGGUGUAGGUGUUCAAGCCUGGGUGGAGUGUUUUGGUGAUCGGUUUGAGCAAAAGAUGAAGACAGCCUAUGGUUAUCGCGAGUGGGUUGAACUGGUUACAAUCAAAACAUUGAAAAGGUGGGAUUUUAAUGGGGAUCGGACCGUCAAAGAAGGAACAAAGGCCUUCCAUGUUGAGUUUCAGAUGGCAAAGCGCUUGGCAAAAUCGAUCUAA